AUUCUUGGGCGGGAACAAUUCAAAAAAAAAAACAGCAUUCUUGUUCUUGGGCAGACGUCUUCCCGGGCGUCGUCCUGUUCGAGAUAAGUGAUCUCCUCCUCCCCUUCUCCGACCCGACAUCCAAACCCUAACCUGAUUCAGUUGUUAUCAUGCCUCGACCCAAAACCGGAAGCUCAAACCCUAACCCCAAACCCGCGCUUCCCGAUCCUCAGGUUCGACCCAAAAAUGCCACUUCCCAUGAUGAAUUUGCCGUUGCUCAGAUCCCACGGCAGCCAUCCAAGAGUGCUGCUCUGUUCGACACCACUACCCAAGCUCAUCGAUGGAAGAAAUUUCGGGAAAGGGGUAUUUGCACAGGCCGAUUGAUUGAUCUGGAGCCCAAAUACAAGGGACUUAUUUCGGACCAUUUGGAUGCACUAGGUUGGGGAGGUGUCCACAAAAUUGCCGCUUUGUUCAGUAUUCCCACAGAUGGUACGCAAGUAUAUUUUCCAAAGUCAAAGAAGGUGUCGUCAGAAAUGUUGGAUGUUAAGGAUGAGGUUCAUGAGACCCUUACUGGUAAGCCAAAUCUAAUGUCAAAUGAUUUACUGCCUGAGCUUUAAUUACUCAAUCAUUAUAUAACGGACAAUGUGCUUCCCCGUGGGGGAGGUUUCGAUCGAGUUACAUCUUUUCAAAGUUAUCUGUUAACUGUUAUACAAUAUCGUGAAACAUCUUUUCAAAGUUAUCUGUUAUACAAUAUCGUGAAACGAAAUCGCUUGUGCUUACCUUACAUCUUCCUUAAAGAAAUGGCUCUUGUUGGGUCCACAGACAAGAGUUUGCCUUUCGGUGGUUUACUUACACUGGUUUUUGAAGAUCAUGGUAUUGAUUUGCUGGGUGAAGACACCACAAGCUUGAAAGAGCCAUUCAACUCUGCUAGUGCCUCUCGUAUUGGUAAAAAGAACCAAAAACCGGAACACGAACCACAAGUGGCCAAUAUGGAAGAUAGUGAUGAUGCUCCUGAACCUCGGGAGGUUCAUAUGACUGAUGUGGGUGGCCAGACUCAGGGGGAGCAACAACCACAUGAUGGACGCUUUCAACCCUCUCUUGAAGAUCUGUAUCACCGUCAAUAUGAGUUGGAGCAACAGUUUAGACACUUCAGGUCAGAUAAUCAAGCUACACUUGUUGGGAUUCAGUCUAGUCUUGGUGAUCUUCAUGGCAAAAUGGAUCAAGUGUUGCACUACUUUCAGAAUUAUCCUCCAUUCCUCCACCACCGCAACAACCACGUGAUGGACGCUUUCAACCCUCUCUUCACGAUCUGUAUCACCAGUUUAGAGAAUUCAGGUCGGAUAAUCAGUCUAGUCUUGGUGAUCUUCAUGGGAAAAUGGAUCAAGUGUUGCGCUACUUUCAGCAUUAUCCUCCUCCACCUCAACCUGAGCCCUUUUUAGCCUUGCACCACUCGCUCCUAUUCUGUUUUCUUAUCAUGUCAUAUGGGGGGAGAAAUAGAGGCGCUAUGGUAGUGGGAUGAUAGUUUGGAGUCUUGGAGCCCAAUUCAAGUUAUGUAUUGGGAUGAUAGUUUGGAGUCUUGGAGCCCAAUUCAAGUUAUGUAUUUCACUUUCU